AUGGGUGGUGGCCGCGCUGGCGGCGUUCUGCGGCAGGGGGAGGCGAGAUGCCGCUGCACGUUCCCGCCGAGAUGCCGCCGCAAGCGGCACGCGGAUGGACGGGAGCGGCUCCGCGGGGCAGAGGUGCAGGGGCCCGAGAAUGUUGCCUUCGCCCCGCAGGGCCGCAUGCCGUACACGGGCGUCGCCGACGGCCGGGUCGUCUUCUGGGACGGCAAGCGGUGGGUCCCCUUCGCGACGGCCUCCCCGCGCUGGACGCAAGAGCUCGUGCAGGCGAGGAGGCGCCCGUGCAGGUGGAGCGGAGGUGAGGAGGCCCCGUGCAGGCGGCGCAGGCAGAGGGGACGCCGGCGGAGGGGCGCGGCGAAGCAAGCGAGCACCCCGGCGGCGCUGGCGAGCACCUCACAAACGCCCACGCCGCGCUCGCCUCCAAGGUGCCUGGCCUCGGACGUCCUCGCCGGCCGUGACGACAGGGCUGCCGUGGUUCGCAGCGCUGUCGAGCGGCGUGGAGGCCGGCGCGGCGUCGCCGGCCGUGGAGUUGGUGGCGGCGUCCGGGUCGGCGGGGGCCACGGCCGAGCGUGCGUGCGACAGUGA